UAGGGGGGAGCACAUGAAAUUUCCAUAAUCGAAAUUUUUUUUUGAUGCCGAAACUCUUAAAACUGCAUGAAAAGUCGAGAUUUAGUGUCAUAUAAAAAAAAAUUUUUUUUUGAAAAUAUCAACUUUCUGGGAUUCGAUUUUUUCAAAAUUUUUUUUUUCGAAAUGACACUAAAUCUCGACGUUUCAUGCAAUUCCAAGCCUUUUGGCACCAAAAUUAUUUUUUCGAUUUCGAAAAUUUCAUGACACUGUUUUUGUCAUCACGGUUAGAGUUCGAAUGAUUGAGCUGUCAAAUUUUGUCUGCUGACUCAUGGGUUAUUAUGAUUGAUGAUCCCUGGGUAGUUUCGCCAAUACGGGUGAAGGUAAACACAUGAAACAUCGACAAUUUUUGUCACUUUUUUCAAACGCAAACGUUAUUGACUUAAAAUUCAAUAAAGCGAAGAUAUAAAGUAUUCCUCAGAUGUUUAGACAUAGUUUGAAUUCAAUUUAUGUAGUAAGCGGCUGAAAAGUUUACAGUUGUAGAAUGGAAAAGACUUCAACUGCGAACCUCACUGAAGAUGCAAAUUUCCAUAUGUGAUACAAUUAAACAACUCGCUAAUCAUAUUCGCCCUUAUUCUGAAUAACGUCGUAUCGUUUUUUCCCUCGUAUUUAAUUUGUAUUCUCAAUAACGCUAGCAAAAUCAAAGGUAGCUAUGAUUCGAUCGAACCACAUUCGAUCGAAAAAUCAAUACGUCGUUAUUCAGAAUAAGGGCGAUUCUAAUUAAAAAAAUCUUUACUGUUGAGUAUUCCUGAUGUCUAUUUUGCACUCAUGCUAUUUUUAAAAUUUACCAACGCGAUGCUAGAUUGUUACAAUGUCAAAUCCGUAGGUUUUAUCUGGGCGAGACAAGUGAAUAAAGUGCCUCAAUUAUGAUUCCUUCUAAGCAAAAUAUUCUUCUGUAUUCCUCUAAAAGCAAAGGGCUUACGGAUAACCUGCAUUUUAUAUCAAAUGAACAAUACUACAUUUCCCAGUGGAACAAUGAUUACAGUGACGAACACGACUUCUAGGUUUACUAACAAUCAAUCAAAUUUGAAAAAAAAAUGGUUUUCCUCAGCUAAAAAAUUUUCUCGUUUGUUAGUCAACAGACCCCUAUAUUAAUCAACAAUUAUUGUUUAAAAUCCAUCCAUUGGACUGAUAUAUGAACUGUAAUAUGUUUCUUGGUAUGACUAGCACACAAAAGGAAAAAACAGUUUCGCUGUUAUCAAUUAACGGUCAACAGUAAUUGAAUGUGAGAAAACUACUGGAACGGAAAAUUACCAACCUAAACCAACGCAAAAUAUAUGAAGAGAUAAAUCGUCGGUGACAUCCCGAAAGCCAUAAUUAGUUUUUUGUUCAACAUUUGUGGAAGCUCGAGUCAUGACAGGCUGCUGUCUUGCACCCGCACUCUUGAAAAGCUACGAUGAGAAGGAAUAAAUAUAUUUUAAGAACGUGACAGAAAAGUGCAUAAAAGUUAAGCGGAAUUAAAUGAGUAGAAGUUGAGAUGUAUAAUAGUGACGUGAAUGCAGAAUUGAAACAUACGAUGACAGGUCAGAUGAAAUACAGUGUGAUUAAUUUGAAAAUGAUAAAGUUCCUGAGGAAGUGAAUUUCAGUACGAUCUGCAAAAAAAAAUUCCGAGAAUAAACUGUUCCAACGACGGCCACUGAGCAAACAACGAAUAAUAGUUCCAAUCUGAAGCAUCUCGACAGUCCAUCUGAUAACUAGUGCAGCAAUCAAGCCAAAACGAAAGUAAAAAAUAUCGAUCGUCUCGACGUCAGCAUAAAACCAAUAGUAAUGGCUGAAACAACGGUCAACUUUAAUAAUCACCUGUUGCCAGAUCGAAUAGGCGCACCUUUACUAGCGCGCAGAAAAUUCAGUUUUCCGGCAAGCUUACAUUCAGCAGUUUUACUGGGAGAUUCCCUCUCUCCGGGUUCAUUGCAAGCAACCAGUACGGCAUCGGCAGCUCGACGUCGUCUUAGUAACGUUAGCGAUGUCGUCACCCGGAAGCUGUCUAGCACAAUCGGCUGGAAACAACCAGUCGUUCCAUCGCAGGACAUUAUCACACAGGGAAAGUGUCUGUGCGGUCAAUACAUCCGAUGUAGACUGAAAAAAUCCGGCGUUUUCAACCGAAAACUUGGACUGCAAAGAAUUAGGAGUAUUAUAGGCACACCAUCCAUACACGUAGUACGUGAGGUUUUCCCUGCGUUAUUAAGUGUAAGCGACGAACUGGAACGAAUGUAUCCGCGGCUCUACAAUGGAAUAGCGCGGCAGCUAACGCGAAUUGGUCGCGGAGAACUUAAGACCCCUGAAACGGCUCCGGUUCUGCUGAGUGCAAUAGCUAGGGAUUUGUUCAAAAAUGAUAUCACCUGGGGAAAGGUAGUCUCAUUAUUUGCAAUAGCUGGAGGACUUUCCGUGGACUGCGUACGCCAGGGACAUCCGGACUACCUACCGAAACUGAUCGAAGGUGUGGCGGAUGUGAUUGAAGACGAACUUGUCGUUUGGAUUUCCGAGAAUGGUGGUUGGCUUGGACUUGUGAACAAGGUGCGACCACCGCAAGAAGAAAUCACAUUCGCCGGACGGUGCUUUGUUGGUGCUAGUUUAGUGGUUUUUUUAUUCGUUUUAGUGUUUCUGUUAAAAGCACUAGGCCUUUAUUUAUUUCCAAAUAUAUUCACGCAAUGAA